CCUUUUCGCAGCAGGGCGAGGUGCCCGCAGAUGUCGACCACCGAAGGACAUGAUGAAGAACCAGAAAGGCGCCCUCCUGACGUCGUACUCGCAAGUAUUUUGGAAUCGUUACGAGCAGAAGCUUCAGUCAGAGAGCGAUCUCAGCUUGUACGAGAAAGCCUGCAUGAGUUGGCCCGAACCAUUAUUGCCAUAGUGAUAUUCGCUGUAUUGCUCUGCAUAGCAAUCACCGAGUUCUUGGUCGGUGUGAUCAAAGUAAACUCUUGCCCAAUAAGUCGCUACGUACCUAUAUGGUUGAUAGUUUCCGGAGCUACUAGCUUCGUUCGAAACGUUGCCGGGAUCUUCUUUUCAAUCUGGGCUGAUAAUGGGCUCGUACUGGACGUACAGCAUUUACGACAAGGUCGUUUACGAGGAAGGAAACCCAAGCUACUGCGAUCAGUUAGCCUAUAG